CGGAGUCCGAGUCACUCUUGCACCCUUUUGCCAUGUCAUACUAUAAUUUUAUAAUUUGCCACGUCAACUCAGACACAUCAUCUUCUCCUUCUUUCUAAUAAAAAAACCUACUACCUCAUCUUCUCCAUCUUGCAGCCACCACCACCUCUACCUUCAUCUCCCAGUGCCGUCACCACCUCCUGCCUUCAGACCACCAUUCGAACCUUCAAACUCUUUGUCUGCGUUAGUUUUCCAAACGAAGAGCUUCGCCUGGUUCAAACCCAAAUUUCGUCUGGUUUGAAACAAACGAAGAGAUCUCUCUUCAUCUGGAGACGAAUCCAGACGAAGAGAGAGAUCUCUUCGUCUGGUUUGAAAAUAAAUGGAAGAAGGGGAUGAUGAUAUGGCAAAAGAGGGAGGGGUGAAUAGGACUUUGGUGCCACGUAAAAAAAAAUUUGGCCGGAAUUCUUUUAGGAUCCGCCGGAAGUCGUUUUUUUAUUGUACAGUUACCAUUUUGUAACAUUUUGAAAUUGGAUGACCAUUUUGCAACUUGGCAAGUGAACUUCAGAAUCUUUAACCCAAGUCUAUAAUCUAUAAUAAUUAAUUAAAAGUCAACCAAACUAAUUUAAUUGGCAGAUAAAGAACUCAAAACAGAUCGAUUUCAUGAAUUUGCUGUCUGCUUCCUUCUUGCAAAUCCUCUCUAAGCUGCAACAAUGGCAUCUGCUAAAACAAGUUAUGAUGUUUUUCUUAGUUUUAGAGGAGCUGAUACUCGUGGCAAUUUCACCAGCCAUCUUCAUCAGAAACUGCUUGAUAAAAAUAUCCAAACUUUCAUUGACGAUAGGCUUGAUAGAGGCGAAAAGAUUGAAUCAUCCCUCAUCAAUGUCAUCGAAGAGUCUCGAAUUUCAGUCGUCGUUUUCUCAAAGGGGUACGCGUCUUCUCCGUGGUGUUUGGAUGAGCUGGUCAAGAUUAUUGAGUGUAGAGAGAAAAUGAAUAGGAUAGUUUUGCCAAUUUUCUAUCAUGUUGAUCCGUCUGAUGUUGAACAGCAAACUGGGAGUUUCGGUGAUGGUUUUAGGAAGCUUGAGGCAGAGAACAAGAAGGACAUGGGUAAGUGGAGAAAUGCUUUGGAGGAGGCCACCACUUUAUCUGGUUGGGAUUCCAAGAAUCACCGGCCUGAUUCUGAAUUAAUUGAGGCAGUUGUCAAGCAAAUCCUGAAGAAAAUCUAUCCUACCUCCUACAGCAUUUCUGCUGAGUUGGUGGGGAUUGACACACAAAUUGAGCAAAUUUUGUCAUUAUUCCCUAAUGGCUCAGAUGAUAAACCUUGUUUCGCCGGGCUUUGGGGAAUGGGUGGUAUAGGGAAAACCACCAUUGCUGAAGCUCUUGUUAGUCUAACUUCUAACCAAUUUGGUGGUUGCUGCUUCCUUGGCAAUGUCAGGGAAGAUUCAUCAAAGUUUGGUUUGAAUCAGCUAAAACAUAUUUUAUUAACGGAGCUUCUAGGAGAUGGGAAUUUGAAUAUAAGAAUGCUUCAUGUACUUCCCACUUCUGUCUUAGAGAGGCUGAAAAGAAUUAAAGUAAUGAUCGUUUUAGAUGAUGUUAAUGAAUCAGCCCAAUUAAGUAGUUUAAUUGGGGAUCUUAAGAGCUGGCUUAGUCCAGGUAGUAGAGUCAUUGUAACUAGCAGAGACAAACAAGUGCUUCAGUUUUGUCACAAAACUUACAAGGUUAGGCAGCUCCAGUAUAGUUAUGCUCUUGAGCUAUUCAGCAUCUAUGCCUUUAAGCAGAACAAUCAUUCGAAGGAUUAUGCUGAAUUGGCAAAACAAAUGGUGAAGUAUGCUCAAGGUAUUCCAUUAGCGCUUAAAUUGUUGGGUUCUCAUCUACGUGAAAAGUCCCCACAACAAUGGGAACUUGUAUUGGAUAAAUUGAGACAUUCUUCCAAUUCUGAAAUUCAGAAUUUUUUAGAAAUAAGCUACAGUGAAUUGGAACAAGAGACAAAAGAUAUAUUUCUUGAUAUUGCAUGCUUCUUUAAAGGACAGAGCAUAACUAAUGUCAAAGACAUACUGGAGAAAGGUAGUGGGUUUAGAAAUUUUGAUUGGGGAGUAAUGCGCCUAACCGAUAAGUGUCUCUUGACUGUUGGACAGUAUGGCGUAUUAGAUAUGCAUGAUCUUAUACAAGAAAUGGGUAGAGAAAUUGCUGAACGAGAAGGCAGCAGAUUGAGAAAUUCCAAGGCCACAUGCCAGAUGUUAACAAAUAAUACGGGGAAUGAAGCAGUUCAAGGCAUAUAUUUGGACUUAUCUGAAACAAGAAAGGUUUGUUUGCACCCUAAAGCCUUCUCACGGAUGACUAAUUUAAGAUUGCUGAAAUUUUACAGGGAGAAUCGGGAUACACAAAAAUUUCUUGAAUCAGGAUUGCUUAAAUUUGAUCAAUCAAAAUAUCUUCAUUCUCUUCCUGACACGCUAAGUUUGCUACAUUGGGAAAACUAUCCUUACAAGUCUUUGCCAUCAAAAUUUUCUAUGGAAAACCUUGUUGAGCUUAAUAUAACAGGGUGCAGUAUCACCGAACUUUGGGAUGGAGACCAGUGUCCUCAAAAUUUGAAAAGGUUAUAUCUUCUGGGAUGCGGACAGCUAAUGAAACUCCCAAAUCUCUCUUCGGCUGAAAAACUGGAAAAUAUAUCCAUUUAUUACUGUGAAAGUUUGAUUGAGAUUGACUCCUCUAUAAAGUUCCUUUGCAACCUCACUGAUCUCAGUCUAUGUCUCUGCACGAAGCUGAAGACUCUUCCAGAGAUUCCGAAAGGCAUAGAAUGGUUCCGUCUAACUUUUUGUGAGGUGGAAGAGUUUCCCCCAUCUACUCGAAUUCUGGAUGUUAGUGGAGGCCUCGAUCUCAGGGGCUGUAGGAAUUUUCACAAGUUGCCAGAGUUCGCAGGAACUGUUUCACUUUUAAAUAUCAGUCAGACUGAAAUAGAAGAAUUGCCCUCAUCAAUCAUAUCUCCAUCAUCAUCACUUAUUGUGUUGAGAAUGGUGCAAUGUGAAAAUAUCAUGAUUCUCCCAGACAGCAUUUGUGAGCUGAAGCACCUUGAGGAGCUUGAUGUCAGUGGCUGCAAAAAUAUUUGUAAAUUGCCUCCGUUGAAUGGUUUGAGCUCCUUAAGAAAGCUAUGUCUAGAUGGAACUGCGCUUGUAGAAAUCCCCAAUGACAUUGUCUCUUUAUCAUCACUUAGAGAAUUGACUUUAAACAGCUGCCAUAGACUCCAAAGUUUGCCUAAGCUUCCACAGCAAUUAAUCCAGCUCCAAGUUCAGAACUGUACAUUAUUGGAAUCUACGGAAUUAUCUUGGUACAUUCCGCCAAUAAAACUGUCUGAAUAUGUUAAAUACUUAGAAAUGAUUUAUGGAAAGCUUAUUACUUUCAAAUUUUAUUACGGUAAUUGCGUAAAUUUGGAUGAGAAUUCACGUUCAAGCAUUCUAUCAGAGGCUCAAUUCAGUUUAUUACAAGUAGCCAUUACUUUUAACUAUACAGAAGAGAAGAUUUGGGAUUCUUAUCAAUUUUGUAUACUUGGAAGUGAAAUUCCAGAGUGGUAUAGAUAUGAAAGCCAAGGAUCUUCAAUGGCCAUUGAAUUACCGCCUGAUUCCUUUAACGUUUUCUUCCUUGGUUUUGCUUUUUCUGCAGUUCUUGAUCAAUUUAAUCUUGAUGGAUCCCUCACCUUUGAAGUGCAGUGCUGCUUCAAAAAUGUGAAUGGGGUAAAACAGGAUUUGUUUAGCAGUUGUAUGCGUUCAACAGCAGGUGGUGUUUAUUUUGAACCAGAUCACGUGUUCCUCUGGUUUGAUGCUAGUCUUGAUUCUGGUCUAAGCAAUUGGCUCAUAGAAACUGGCAACAAUGUCAUGAACGAGGCGUCAUUUGAGUUUCGUGCAUUUAAUGAAUGGGAGAAGAACAAGAAAAACUUAAUGGUGAAAAAGUGCGGGGUGCACCUGAUUUAUUCGCCAGAUUAUCAGCCCACAUGCUAAAGGAAUUAAUGGUUUCUCCUCUUUUUUUUUAAUAAUUAUAUGCUAUUUUUUUUAAAUUAAGAUAUUUAGCAAAGCUUGAUUAGAUUCCUAAUUGGAAUGAAAAGCUUAGCAGAGAACUCGCGACAUGUUUCAUCAUUUGGAUUCUAAAUCCAUCAAUUUGUAUUGAAAGUUUCAUAUUCAUGUGAUUGUAUAUGUUGAUAUAAAUGCUAAACUAUACAUGAAAUGUUUUUGUUGCUAAGAAUUUAGCAUUAGAGACAGAUGUUUCCUUUA